AUGGAUAGCACAACCAGCCCCAUGUCAGAAUCUGAUGUUACCAAUGGAUUUGUAAAUAAUGUGUUCAGUGUUUCUCUUGCUGAAGAGAACAGAGCAGGGAGCUCAUGGAUUCCAGAGUCCAUUUCCUCACAAUCCAUGUUUUCCUGCCAGCCUGUCAGGAGGGAAAAACAGGAACUCAAUCGGCGGUCUAGGACGGCGGCCAUCUGGAGGAUACUGAACCGCCGCAAGACCACUUCUGACAUGGACAGACGACCUCACUCAAUGAUCCUCCCAGGUGAAGCAUCCUUUCUCAAGCUUUCUAUCACAGACAAAGUGAGAUCCAUUAAGAAAUUUAAGUCGCCAUCUGUUUUUAGAGGGAAAGCUGGAAAGCUCUCCAGUGUCAAAUUCAACAGUGAGCUGAAAGAUGAUGUGGAUGACAUACAUUUGUGCAAUGACUCUCCUUUUUUGGAGCACAAGAACAUGUUUCGAAAUAAAGCCAAGAGACAUUCGUUUGCAGGACCCACUGCAGACUUCUUCUGUUCAUUUGAGGACACAGACCCUUCUGGAAUCCCAGAGAAAACCUAUCAGGUGAUCAAGGACAUUAGCCACCAAAAUGGGUGUAAAUUAGUUGAAAGAGUGACAUAUACAAAAAAAGGUCACCCCAGCUUCUCAAACUGCAACGAUUCAUCUGUGACAGAUCAUGAAGAAUGUUACAUAAAGCACAGCCUCAAGAUACCUCAUAGAAGAAGGUGGUUUAAAGGGGGUGACGUUUUGAAUUACCUGAGAAAAAUUCCCCUCAAAGGAAAGGAAAGUUCCACUUUGGCUGAGAGUAGUUUUGAAUCUUUAAAUACCUUAGACAAAACCAUUGAUUCAGAUUAUGGCUCAGUAAACUUUGAAUUUGUGAAAGAUUUAAACUCUGCACCUGAACAAAUGGGACUUGAUGGCAAAAGUAGCCAUUUCAGAGGCUUGUUCCGAUUUUUCAACACUGUGGCUGAGACUGCAAUGAAAUGGAGAAACUCGUCUCAUUCUUUUUCACCUCCUCAAGGCCAGCGAUCCCCUUUUGACUCACGAAAACCCCAGCUGUCAGGAGAGUCCAUGCAGAAUAUGCCUUUGACAAACAGAAGUGAACACAAAGCUGAUACCUCAUGUCAAAGUAAAUCUACAUCAUCUGCUGACAGGCAAAAGUCUGUCUCAACAGCCAAUGACUUUGUGGUUUGUCCCCCUCUUGUGGUGCUUAAGGCCCGGAGAACAUAUACAGACUUUCUAACUGACAGUAGUUCCCUGUGUAAUGACUCAGAUGGAUCUCAGUCACAACUCAACUCAAUCUCUCUAGCCACAAUUGAGAACCACCCAAGAAGUGAAGAACCAACAAAUGAGACAAACUCUAGCAUUAAAAACUUAACUAUACCUUGUCAAAGGAACCACUUAUGUAGAAAAACCACUGAUGAAGACCAAGAUAUUUGCACUGAUACAAAGAAAAUUCCAAAGUGCCCAGAGAACAUAUUUAAGGCCCACUCACGUCCUCCUGGCCAAUCGCCUGCAGAUCCGCCAUUAAAAGUUCUGCUUCAGCGUUGUCGCUCUUUGCCGCUUCCGGCAACUCUCUCUGCACUGGAGCCAUUGGACUUAACACUCACUCCUGCAGCCAAACCAAUUGCAGACGUUCUACGUGUAGGAAAUGGAAGCACAGGAUCCAAACAACGAAAGCUGUUCAGACCAGGAUCCGGACCACUGCAUGUUAACAUGACACGACGCUGCCAGCCGCAGAUGGCCAGCCAUUGAUCACGAGGGGUAACACAGAAUCCUUGUAAUCCUGGAGAGAUCCGAUGAACAGGGGGAACAUGAG